CCGAACCUGAUGUUUAUGUGUGACAUUUGUACAUAACCUCAAUUUGUGCGCGCAACAGCAUAUCCACAAUUUGUAAACAUUUCCAAUCGUCCGGUAAACAAAAAAUGGACCUCAAAACAUUUAAACUGCUUCAUCCAGUGAAAUAUUACAAGGAUUACCUGGAUAACCACAUUCGUCCGGAUGGGCGAGAGUUGGAAGAGUUGCGCCCGCUGGCUAUCAGCUUCGGAGUGAUUAAGAGCGCAGAUGGAUCAGCGAUUGUAAAAAUAGGCAACACGACUGUAGUGUGUGGAAUUAAAGCCGAAUUAGCUACACCAAAGCCACUCGAGCCGCAACAAGGAUUUCUUGUUCCGAAUGUAGAAUUUUCACCCGUAUGUUCACCAUCCUACCGUCCAGGACCACCGUCGGACGAAGCACAAGUUUACAGCCGAUCGUUGGCCGAUGCGAUAAGUAACGCACGCUGUAUAGAUCUGCACGACCUCUGCAUUUCACCGGGGAAGCUUGUGUGGGCCUUGUAUUGUGAUUUGGUUUGUCUAGAUCACGAUGGUUGUGUGUUUGAUGCGGCAAUCAUCGCACUGGUAGCAGCAUUGCACACAGUGAAACUUCCCAUCAUUCGAUACAACAGUGAUACAGAGGAAACCGAAACGGAUAGCCUUAAGUUUUCACCAUUAUCGGUUCACUGCGUGCCCGUAACGACGUCAUUCGUGAUGGUAACCGACCGAUUAAUUGCCGAUCCGACCUCAGAAGAGGAAAAGCUAGCAAGCACAACAUUCACUGUAACGGUGAGCGAUGGUAAAAUGAGUUUCUUCAACCAAUCCGGUGGCGAUCCUUUCGACAGUGCUACGCUGAAACGUUGCACCGAAAGUGCAAUAAAACGCGAACGGUCUGUAAAAAGGAUGAUUCAAGGCAUGGCAAAUAAAUAAAAGGAAAUUGUUGUUUCGGUCAUAAGUGUAGCUCAA